AUCUUCAUGUGGCCUAACAGUCUCACAUCAAGUUGUAAUCCCGAUGGUGAGUUAACAUUCCCCUCAUUCGGUCCAGCAUGUGGUUCAACACCCAGUGCUGGAAUGGCCUACUUAAAAUCAGCACCGUAUGGAGUCAAUGGUUUAGGACUUGCUAUGGACUCGUUACAUUCGUCAAUGGGAUAUCCACCAGUGAUGUGUUAUACAGGAAACCCUCGAAAACAACGACGAGAGAGGACAACAUUUACCAGAGCGCAGUUAGAUAUUUUAGAAGCAUUGUUUGCAAAAACACGUUAUCCAGAUAUAUUUAUGCGAGAAGAAGUUGCAUUGAAAAUUAAUUUACCAGAAUCAAGAGUGCAAGUAUGGUUUAAAAAUCGAAGAGCUAAAUGUCGACAACAGCAAAAACAACAUCAACAAUCACAGAACAAUGGAAGUAGUGAAAAAAGUACUGGUAGAGCAAAUAAAAUUAGUAAAACACAGACAGUAACUCCAACAAGUACUAAUCCCAUCACGUUAACUAAAUCCCCACCGCCUUCCAUUUUGAAUAACAAUAAUACAAGUACAAGCAGUUCAACAGCAAGUUCACCAAUUGCUCAUACAGCGCCACUACUACGAGAUUCACCGACACUAUACAUUAAACCUCAAUUACUUUCCUCAGGCGGCAGCACUAGUACACCACCAACGCUUUCGGCAGCACCAUAUAGUUCUAGUGGCAGCAGUAACGCAAGUACUAGCAUAUGGUCACCAGCAGCAAUAGAUAGUUUAACAUUAGAACAACAUCGAACAUGGGGUAAUAUAGCAGCAACAAGUUCAACAUCCUUAGUUACGGCUUCAUCAGGUGCAUUAGGUUCAACAUCAAAUUCAUUAACACCCACCACUGGAUCCAUUGGUUCUAGUGGGCAAUCAACAGCAAAUUGUUAUCAAAAUUAUCCAUACUAUUCCAAUAUGGAUUAUUUAACUCCAACAUCAGCGAUGUCACAUUCUCAAUUUAAUGUUACUGACAAUACAUUGGAAAGCAGCUGGACUAAAUCACGUGAUGAAUCUUCAUGGUUUUAUAAUACUUCAAAUUGGGAACGUAAAUGAGAACGGACUGAAAUAUUACGUGCUGGGAUCUUUGUUGCCAAUAAUAAUUAUUGUAACGAA